AUGUCUAACCUGUAUUCAUACGUGAAGGUCGACCGGCCUGCUCCCAAAUGUCUGGUUACCUCACAGGAGAUUCGUGACCGUGGGUCUGCGUUCGUGGGCAGCGUGUAUCGCGCUAGCACAUCUGAAGAAGCUAAAGCUGCCAUCUCCCAUCACCGAAACGUCGUUCAUGCUGGGAAGAAAGCCUACGAGAUAUCUGCCUGGAGAUGCAUGAUGCUGAAACAUGGCAAGACAGGGCUCGGGGGUCCUGACGACUUCGAGGUAAUCACGGGAUAUAACGACGAUGGGGAACAAUGGGCUGGGAGCAAAGUGUUGAGGGUCGUACAGAACGAGGGUGUACUUGACGCUGUUGUCAUCGUUAGUCGAUGGUUCGGCGGAACCCUUCUGGGGCCAGCUCGAUUUGCUCAUAUCGAGACCUGCGCUAGAGAAGUAUGUCGUACAUUCAAACGAAUCGAAGAAAUGGAGGAAUGCAUCUCAACGCUUAUAAGGCUCGACAACAUGUUGGCAAACCUACGGCAAGAAUUAAACGACCUCACUCAGAAUGCUGAACUGGUGACGGGCGGAAGCACCUCGACUCCAAUUGCCUCGGACGAGAUCGACAAUGCACAAGGGGGGAGAAGCAGACAGCCUGAUUACACGGUUGUGCAGGGGGAUCUCGACAUUGCAAAAGCGAAAAGACUUAUUGGUGCAAGAGAAAGUGCCGUCAAAAGUGUGAAGUCUCUAUUAUUGAAGAAAAGAACAAUAUUAGCGAGUACUAAAGCAGAAGGGUAG